UCAUUUUAUUUUUCUUUGAAUUCCAAAUUUAAAAAGUGUUUCCUCGCUGUUUUAACGUAACGCAGCUAAGAUGGUCAAAAGAGAGAUGUGCUCGCUGAAAAUCACCGUCGACCAGUACCUGGAGAAUGCGACAAACGGAUUCGCAGCACACUGGACCGCAUUGCGCAGAUUCCUGGAUGAUCCUACUGUAAGUACUCUGAGCUCGCUCUUUAAGAGAGGAGUCCCAGAAGAUGCUUUGCAGGGAGAUAUCAAUUUUUCACUGGGCGAACGGAAUGUUAGCCGUGGCUGUGAUUGGAUGUCGCGCCUAGUGCGUGCGUCCUUUCCCAGGCUAAGCAAUGGCGAUGCCGACACCGCUACUGCCAUGAGCCAGAUGAUGGCGCAAUUGCGCUUCGACGCAGACAUUGGUCGCAACAUCUACCGUCUGCAAAGGCGCGCCAAAGGGGUGGCCAAUAAGUCUUGGCAGCAUUAUGAACAACUGGUCGGAAAUGUGUUCAGUGUCGAGCACAGCAUCCGUGACCAUGACAUAGGGCCUCUGGCCACACUUAUAUUCCAGAAACUCAAGGUGCACAAUACGGAUGCCUUCUUGGCCGCUCCAGAACUAGACGAGCGUGAAGUAGAUGAUGGCUCUGGUGGAGCUUUAGCCUCCAGCGAUGCGCUUCUCAAGUGGAUCGAGCAGCAACGUCAUGCGAUGUUGCAAAUGGUCCAAGAUGGCUUGCUGCAUUCACCGGUAUUUCUGGACUUGACUUAUCGUGGCCGCGGUGCUGGUAAUGAUCAGCCCGUCAUGUUGCUGGACAAAUGCAUCGAUGUGAACAGGGAAGGCAUCUUCCUCCGAGCCCAGGAUAAUGACGAAGAGAGGCACGCUAGCGCCAAUAUAAUGGUGCGGGCUGUGCGCACCGCCGCUUCUCUGGAGCUGCCCAUCAAUAUGUCGGCUGUUAUGCCCCUCACAGAUCCGUCAGCAAGUGGCGAUUCCAGUGUCCUGAUCUCGCUAAACAUCCAAUACGAGCCACAUUCCCUUUGCGACAUUGAAUUAUUUGGUACUCGACCAACAAUGAACUUGAUGUUCAAUGUACAUUUCCCGAUUUGGCGUCAUUUUAACUUGGAGCGUGAUGCACAGAGUGGCCUUUUGGAGCCGAUGUAUGUUAUAAUGCCAAAUUGUGACCAGAUUUCAAAGGAGGAUCAACAGCAAGAACAAACUCAAUCAAUAGGCAUAGGAAGUAACUUGGCCCUUUCGGACUGCAGUAGCUCAGAGUUUUGCGACCUUGUGCAUCUCUCCGAUUACAAAAUUGUACCACAUGUGCUCUGGCGCGAUCGCAAUAGAUAUCCGUUCUGCACCACCGUGCGAUUCUUCCAAGACAUGGAACCAAUUGGAGCCCACAUACAAUAAUUAGUGUUGCAUACUUUGGAUUAUUUACAGACAAAUCUUGUUAGAUGAGUGAACGCGAUCAUAUUUUCGCCCUAUGUAGUAAUCCCCUGUCAAUAAAGCACGUAUUUUCUGAGCUGUUUUUAA